UUUGAAGAAGACGAACAUUUCAGAAGAUGUGACGGGUUUUGGUUUGCCAUCAUAUUAGAGCAGACGUUUCGAGAACGUCGUUGUCGUUUCAACUCGAGAAUAAUUACAAUGCCAGUAGUUUAUUUUUGGAAUGGAAGAUACUAGUAUUGAACCAGAAGCCCGUUGGUGUGUUCAGUCGUGACAGAAACACAUUGGUUUUGUUUUGUUGAUAUUUUCGUCAUAGAAUUGUCUCAUUUGAAAAUGCCUAGUCGAGUGAACAUCUCGCCGUAUCGCAGCCCAGUGUUGAAUCGCGUGCUUGCUCGCAGCGCUGGUAGCAGCAUUCUGGCGUCAUGCCUAGCCUGGGGACUGCUCAACUUAAUCGUGGCCGUCUGCUUGGCUUUCGACGUGACUUACGGUGCAUGGCUGACCCACGCUGCUGCUCAACACCUGGGCCCCGUGUUGCAAACAGCGGUGACGUGCGCCGAAUACGUGCUCUGUGGCAUCUGCUCGGUCAACGUUCUGGUGCAUGCCUUCCGCUUCGGUAGCAUACCCGUAGCGGAUGUCACAAUGACCACUGGUCCGAGCCAGCUGCUGAAGCAAGCCCCGGGCUCUGGUGCACUGGUGGCAGACUUGCACAGGGACGGUGCGAAUGGCUGUCAACAGCAACAGCAUGCCACAGCGGUGGUGAACAUUGCCAGUCCGGGACUGCCCAUUGCACCCAUGGGCAAUCUGGGUAGUGGAUACAUCAGCAGCACGCCCCGCGCCAUGUCCUAUCGCUCCGGCGGUGGCUGCAGCGGGGCCGGAGGUCGCACGCCGGACUCUCACGCAUCGAACGGCGUUCGCAAGCGCCGCACCGUGUCCAGCUCGUCGUCGACGCCGUCGUCGUACCGCCUGCCGCUCGGCGGCGACGGCAGCAUCGCCGACCUGCAGUCACUGACCGAGUAUCUACACACAAGUCCGCUCAGCGUGGGCAGCGACAGCAGCUUUGAGUCGCUCAACAUGUCCUCGGCGAAUGGAUCAUCGCUAUACGCAUCGUCGGCUGCAUACAGUGGUUUCAGUCCGGUACAGACAUCGCCAGGCAUGACGGCGGCACACCACGACAUGACCACGCGAGACUUCUCGCCGCUGUCGGCACGCUAUCAGGUAGCCAGCCGACCGCCGAGCUCCCAACACAGCAGUCCGGUGUCGCCGGCUCAGGACGGCGCCUGCCACCACAAGAAGUAUCUCACCGACGUGUGGCUGGUGCAAGGCGUAGAGCGCGACAUGCUCGACUUCUGGACGGAGAAGUGCCGACGCUGGCUGGCGCGCGCCAUUGUGCAGCCACUAGCCGUCGAGAUCGAGACCCUGAACAAAUCGCUGAAGAACAUCGGCUGCGUGCACCUGCAGCUUGGCCAGGCGGACAGCCACGCUGUGCAGAAGGUGGGCUUAGGCGAUGCCAUGCGCCAGCUACCCAACCUCUCGCUGGUGCUCAAGUACCUGGACCUGUGCAGCAACCAGGACUACCUGGUGUGGCGCGUCAAGGAGCUGGCGCGGGGCACCUGCCUGAGCUCAUUCCGCUGGGACGGCGGCGGUCGUGUGGAGCGUGGCGACUGGGAUUCGUCGCUGCCCACCGACGCGGCCAUCGUCUUCCAUCUGUUCUGCACGUACAUGGACUCGUGUCUGCCGCCGAGCCCGCGCAUUCCCGACCGCCGCACGUUCACCCUCCAGUACGUCAAACCUCUCUCCGCCGCCAUCAUUGCCAAGGAGACUCGCACCGGUGCACCCAUGACAACGGCAGCGGCGACGAAAUCCUCGACGUCCUCGCCGCCGCGCAAGUCCGGCGGCUGGCUGGGCUCCAUGCUGUCGUCUCACCUCGCAUCCACCUUGAAGUCGACGGCUGACCGUGACGGGGAUUCGUCGUCGUCCGCCGCCAAUCUCGCUCACCUCUCCGACAACCUGCACUUUGUGCAGAGCGGCGAGCGGCCGCCGCACUAUCAGCUGGCGAUCAACGGCAAGACGGUCGACGUGGGCGCCGGGCGCAACAACCUGUUCCACUCGAUGCUCUACUUCCUGUACCACGUCAAGAAUGUGGAGCGCGGCAUGCUAGGGUCCGUCAACCUGCCGUUGGCUGGUUUGGACAUACUCAGCGUGGUUGCAGAUGUGUAGCGCUGCGCACUCAAUCGUUAACGCCACCUCCACUGUUGCCGGUACGCAGAUAGCAAGUUGCCGUGCGUUUGAUUGCGUUCUCCGCAACCAUCGGGUCAGCGUGGAUAUGGCACCGUGCUGUGAUCGUCCAGCUUGUCAUUGCCUCCGUACAGAGGUUGAUCCUGUCCCCAAGGCCACAGACAUGUACACCGUUGUUGUAUCAUCUUGGAGUGGGAGCACGACUUUUUAGCAUUGUACCACUCCUCCAUCAAGAUGUUCGUUUACGGACGAGUCCGUGUCACAGUUGAUGCGGCUUUGCGUAACUACAUUCGUGCCUGCUUUCUAGCCCGUCCAGCCAGCCUGUGUUGCUAUGUCCUCCGCCCUCCAUGGCAGCGUUGCUGUGUUAUUUAUUAUCAUGUUCCGUUGUUCCAUUGUGAUAUGUUAGGCUGUGCUGCGAUUUUAUAAUUUUUUUAAAGAAGGCGGCUCAACGGAGCUCACGUUUCCGUCUGACUGCUAACUAGUCGGUGUGUGCUUUACCAGCUGAGCAGACCGAGACCGUGUUGGCCCACGAUACUGACUGUGUUCGUCCGUCGGUGUGUGCGAGUGGGUGUGUGGGUGUGCGCAUGCACUGCAGGCGUUGACGUGCACAUAAUAUUGCGCCUGCGCGAUGUGUCUAUUCUCGCUGUCUGCGCUCGUGGUUGACUGUUGUACGUACGCACACGAGAGAUCCCCCGAGUCGAGUGCUUGCCAGCUGUCAGUACGGUAUAGCGCGAGUCUUGGCGCUGGAGCGAUGACAUCAUUAUGACAUCACCACACUGUUUUAUUGACCUUGCCACCAGGGACUCGCAGGCUGUAGUAGUACUGUACCACUCCCUGCUUGCCAUAUUCCAUAACUGGACCACUGUUCCCACCGGAGCAGAGCUAUAUAUUUUCUUGACUGUCAUGUGUACGUGUUGUGUGGCUUGAGCGGAUAUUCCCCUGUUUUGUUUGCUCCGUAGCAAGUUCAAGUUUUUUUACACAAGUAUAAUUUUCCGUUCUGUGAGAUGUGAUCAGAAUUGGAUUUGUCUGGCUUAUUCUGAUGGUUUCGCCACAAUGCUGUCGAUCGCCAAUCCUUGUUUGCGCUGCAUAGUACUCGAACAGGUGUGUGUGUGUGUGUGUGUGUGUGUGUGUGUGUGUGUGUGUGGGUGUGGGUGUGUGUGUUGCUUUUGUAGAUGUGAACUGUUUUCACCUGCAGCAGCACAUGUGCAUGUUUUCAUUCUAAAUGUUUUGCUUGGACAGGAUGGCUGAGGCGGAGAUUGCACAGAUUCCAGCAUGGUAUGAAGCCUGGCGUUACGAAUCUUA